CCAUGGUUGCAGGCCCGAUCGGCGCAAGCGCUGUUUCGAAUGUUUCUCCCGGAACCAAAAUGGCGGCUCCUUGGUAACCAGAGAUCCGCGGGCACGCCAUAGUAACGCCGCCCGCUGGCACCAUGAAGUCCAGCAAGGCGAAAACCAAAGAUGAUACUUGGAAGUCAGAUGAGCUGCUCAAGCACAUCAAAGCGGCUCAAGGAGAUUAUACAGAUGACAGUAGUAAAAAGAGCAGAGAAAAGAAAAGACUUAAGGAUGAAGAACCUACUGGGAACUCUGACUCUAGAGAGCGUAGACACAAGGGAAGGGAACGAGAUAAGGAGAGGGAGCAGGAUAAGGACAGACCGAGGAACAGAGGCAAGGAAAGGGAUGGAGACCAAAAAGAAGAAAGAGAGUAUGAAAAAGUACGGAAGAAAGUGAAGAAUGAUGAAAAGUAUAAAGAAAGAGAAAAGAAACCAGAAAAAGAAAGAGAGAGAUAUAAAGAUAGAGAUAAAGAGAAGAUCCCAGUAUGGGACCAAGACCUAGAAUAUGAUGCAGAUUCAAGAGGUCAUGACAAAGAGAAACAAUGGGAUUCUUAUGCACAGAGACCGACAAAACGAGAACAUGAAUCUGAGAGACACCGAGAUAAGGAAAGAGACCGGAGAAAAGAAAGAGAGAAACUCCAGGAAAAAGAUAUAGGAAAAGAUGAAAUUGGUGACCAGCGAUCUAAACAUCGUCAGAAAAAAGAUAAAGUGUCCCCCUGUCUUUCAGAAAAUUUGGAAUUUAAAAUGGAUGACAGAUAUGAACGAAAAGAAAGAAAACAUCGAGAGCGAAAAGAAAAGGAAGGGAGAAGUACUGAAAAUUUUGAAGACAGCAAAGAGAAGAAAAGAAGGUCUUCUGAAUUUCGAGAUGAAGAUUUUGAUCGACACUACAAGGAAUAUGGAUCUCAUGAUGGACAUCGAGAAAAACGACAUAAAGAAAGAAAAGACCUUGGUCAGAAAACAGGGGUUGAAGAAAUGGACAGGAAAAAUAGAGUCAGAAAAGAGAGAGAAUACAAGGAGGAUGGGAAAAAACAACGGUGUAAAGAUCCAAAAAAUUCUACCCUGGAGUAUAGGGACAGAGAGCGAGAACACAAAGACAAAGAAAAAAGAGAUUGGGAAAGAAAAGAGGAUCGAGAGCGAAAACAUAAACACAAAGUAAAGAAAGAAAAUGAGGAAAAAGUGGAUUAUAAAGGGGAUUACAAUGAGGAACCAAAUAGCAAAAGGAAAAAAGAACGGAAAUUUGUGCAAGAAGCCACAAAUGAUAGCAGAAGGAAAGGGAGUUCGUCAGAACAAAUUGAUAGUCAAAAGAAAGCAAACGAAACUCUUGCGGAAGAGCUCUUAUCUGUCUUUUCAACUAUGUUCCUGACAAAAUCGCAGGGUACAGGCAGAUUUCCAUCCACAUGGCGGUCCAGUCAGGCCGGAUUAAUUGAUGAUGAUGAUGAUGAUGCAGCUUUUGUUGAAAGAGAAGAAAUUGCUAUGGAUAGCCAGUCCCCUAUUGAAUCGUCAAACUAUGAUGAUGAUUUUGAGGACUACGAGGAUGACUUUGAGGAAGAGGAAUGUGAAGAUGAAGAGGUACAGCAUGAAAGAGAGGAAAUUCCAGCACAUCAGCGAGCUGAAAUUGAAGCAAUUCAAAAGGCCAUAACAGCAGAAAAUGACCAGGUCAGAGAAAAAUUCCCUGGAAGUCACAGAAAAACCUGUGAGGAAGAUCCAAAUAGAGAUUUUGGAAACUCUCCAACCAUAGGACCUGUCCGAGGAGCAUUCAUAGAUUUUGGGGCAGCCAAGCAGCGUGAGAUCAGUUCAAACAUGGCUAGUAAACAAAAAAAGCGCAGUGCGGAGUUGCUCCGACUGAUUGACUUGGAUUUCUCAGUUAGCUUUUCCAUGCUUGAUCUGCCUCCAUUGAAUGAGUACGAUGUCUAUAUCAAGAAUUUUGGACGCACAAACACCAAACAGGCUUUUGUUCAGUGCAAUGAAGACAAUGUGGACCGAGACAUUCAAACAGAUGAAAUUGAAACUGUUGAAAAGUGGACACAGCAUCCAGGAGAGGGUAACUUGCUCUGUGGGGGUGCUAAUGUUAAUGAUGCCUUGUCCUUGGAUUCAAUGGCCAAAAAUGUUGACUCUCAGAGACUGACCAACUUCCUGAAAUCUGCUUGUCAGGUAAUCUCCGUGUUACUUGAAGAAGAUGAGGCAGAAGACCACGCCAGUCAGAAUGUACCGUCAAAAGCAGCCAGUUUGUCUGUCAGUGAUGGAUGUGCUCAACUGAAUGUCAACUUGCCAUUUUUACAUGGUCGUGAGAUAUUAUGUCUACAUUUUUCACAAGUCCAGAGGCAAACUCUGCUUUCAGUCCACAGUCUUCCUAAAGAGCCUGGGGUUGUCCAACUUGCUAGCAAUUACAUGAUUUGCGUUUGGAAUAUCUGGGAACCAUCAGCACCUCAGAAAAUUCUUGUCUGUGAGUCUGAGGUACAAUGCUGUUGCUUUGGCCCAAGUAAUGUGGUAUCUGUGUUUGCUGGAACGGUAGAUGGUUCAGUCAUAGCUUGGGAUCUUCGUGAACAUUCCACUAUGCACUACGCUCUUCAGAUUGGGGGCCAAGAGUGGAUUCUCAGAACUCCAACAUUCUCAACUGAUGGUGUUCUCACAGCUGUCAAUCAUUCCUGUGCAGUGAAAGCUGUUUAUCCGGUGUCAUCUGCUUGCUUUGAUAAUCAUGAUGUUGGACUUUCACUCUUUUCAUCGCAGAAAGGAAGUUCAGGCCUGUCAUUUCAACUUGCAACACUGGAUGAAGGUGGUUUGCUUAAUCUGUGGGUGGUGGUUGAACUCCAAAAGGCAGAUCUAGCUGGCUCUUUAAUUGAUUUGGGCCUUAUUCCUGGUGGGAAGAUAAAGUUGAUCCACAGCUCUUCUAUUGAGGUGAACAGCUUUCUCCCAAGAAAUCUUAUGCAGCUAGGACCUCCUCGGACUCUGAGUAUCAGGUUUCUGCCUUCUGAUCCUAAUCAUUUCUUUAUUGGAACAGAUACUGGUCUUGUGAGUCAUGGUACACGUCAUGGCUUGCAUGCAGCGCCAAAGCUGUACAGAUUUCAAAUAAACGGUUCCAGACCAGUUCAAGUCACAUGUAUUGAUUUCUGUCAUUUUGGCAAAACACUGUUCCUGGUUGGGUGCUCAGAUGGAACAAUUAGACUACACUCAGUGACAACCGAGCUCCCUGUUAUUCAGUGGAAUGAAAGCACUCGGGGUAGAUCAAUCCAGGCUGUAUUAUGGGCAUUAACUCGACCUAGCAUGUUUUUCGUUCUUGACGCGUCAUCUCGUAUUUACGUAUGGGACUUACUGCAAAAUGUUUCCAAACCUGUUGCAGAGGAGAGCCUUCAGUCUGAUAAAAUAACAGCUAUAGCUAUUCUUGGUGAUCCAGAGAAGCCAAGUGCAUCUUCAGGCCUCAUGUUGGCAAAGCAGUCUGGAGGAAUUGAGAUUCAGUAUCUAAUGAAGCAAUGGUCAGAGCCUCAUCUAAAUGAAUUGGAAACAUUGCACUAUAUUCUGCAGAAAACUGCAUAGAAUUGUGUACAGACUCUGAAAAGAACUCUGCGAGUUCAUCAACUUGCCCAUGAUAAUGAGUUUGUAAAUGUCCUAUUUUUUUCUACAGUCAGCUUUUUUGUAAAAGUUAUUUAUAAAAUGUCAUUAUAUAUUCAUUAGAGUACAUCAGACAUAUAAAGUAUUUACAAAGUCCCCUGAUUUAUAUGUUGUUUCUCCUUCAUAUAUAUAGACAUGCAAAUACAAUAUAUUUUGUAGCUCAUUGAAUAUACCAGACUGGGUUUGAGUAUUCUUUUCUCUGUUGUAGGUUAUCAGGAAAUUAACAUUAUUAAUAUGAUUUCAAAACUUUAAGAAUCCACAUAACCAGUAAAAUAGCUAUUAAUAAUAGAUUGCAACACCAGUGAUAGAAAGUACAAUAUUAAUGAUAGGUAAUAACGCUUGUUUUUAUUAUUCACAUGUAGUCCUAUACAUGUGAUUUGAUUACUGAGUAUAGAAUUCAGCUGCCUGUUAUAUAACUCAUGAUAUUCACCGUUUGGAGUUGACCAAGUCCACGUACCAGUCAGGUAAAUUGUGUAUUUCUAACUCGCAUCUGCAGAGUUUUUUUUAAUAGUAAAGGCAGAAUAUUGAAAUAUAGAGGUAAAGUAUUUUCUCAACUUUAUUUUAAGUUUUAAUUUUCUAAAUUGCACAUAUAGUUAUUGGCUUGUUAAGCUGAUAAAAAUCCUCAUAUUGUAACUCACUACAAAAAUGCAAAAUGUAAGAUUUUUACAAUGUAUUUAUCCUGGAAGCUAAAUUCAGGGGCUAAAUAGGGGCUCAGUUGUUUUUAAUAUAUAUUUGAAUACAUACAUUACAGAAAUUAAGAAAAACUUAGACAGAUUAUUGGUAUAAAUAAUUUCUUAAACUUGAUAUCUCAAGACAAAUCCUGUGAUAGCUAGUAGAUCGUCAUAUAGAUCUAAUAUCCAGCCAGCACAGCAGUUCCAUUGUAGCUGUGAAUGUCAGCAACAAGGUUAUACAAAUGUUUUAGUUCCCGUGGCGAGCAAUCCAGGUGGAACCAUUUUGAACAAACUGGGAGAUACUGAAAGAAUUUUCAGAGUUUAAAAUACUUUUCAGAAGAUCCUACUACUUGGGAGAAAAUUUCACACAGGUAUGGUUUAUUCAUAGAUAUUUUCAUGCCGACACCAGGAUUCCAUCUGAAAGCUCACUGCAGGAGAAUAGUACAUGGUGCUCCAUGAGCCUCAUUUUUGAUUUCCCUACUGCGUUUGGUUUCUUAAUUUUUCAUUGCAGUUGCCCUGUGACAUUUGCUGUAGUACAUUUCUCAUGUUAUCACUAGUGCCAACACAUGGAGAUAGAUGCAGUGAGUGCAGAAAAACACUCCCAACUAAAAAAAAAUGUUCUGUACAUGAGAGGAAAUUGAGUAGUAAAUUAUAUUUCAAACCCACACCGUGACUCAAUUCAAACAGACUUAUUCUUACAAUCUGCAUCAUUUAGGCAGAGACUAUGGAUCUAGAAUUGUUCUUCAGUCAUCAAAAUUAAAUAUAAAUUCACAAUAUUUUGUUUAAAAAAUAAAGUUUACACAAAACAUGAAAGUAGUUUUGAAGAAUACUAUUGUUUAUUGUCAACAUUUGUGAGGGACUCAAGCAACCCAUAAGACCCUAAGACAUGGGAGCAGAAAUUA